GGUAGAACGGCAGCAUAAUGGUGCCGCAACGCCCCACGCCGCCACGGCGACCUAGUCCCAUUGACAGGAUAGAAGACGAUACAUUGAAUGCGGCAAAGCUAAGCUCCGUUCUGCCCACCACUGCACAUCCUCCCCUACGGGCCAUGACCGAGCGCACAUUGCCAUCAUCGCUCAUCCCUCACUUGGAAAAGAAACAGACAGGGUUGUUGGCAAAAUUCCAGAUGCUGCGUCACCACCACCCUGACAAGUCACAGCCUGCAAGUCCCACGGCAAGGGAAACGACGUUGAGUUUCCAGCGAAACCUGACCGCGUUGACUUCAUACAACCUCAAAGAGAAGCAGAGCGUGCAGUCGUUGAAACAGCAGCUCGAGCAAACCCAAGUGGAAAUCGACUCGCUCAAACACGAGCUUGGUCAAGUCAAAGGCGAGGCGAAGCGCCUGUCGGCCGAACUCAAAUUGGACAAAGCGUCCACGAAACACUCCACGAGCCAAGCCAACCAGCGCAAGCAAGCCGAUGACGAUGGCAAGCAACGCACCAAACAACUGGAGGAAGACCACCAAGUCGAGAUGUUCAAAUGGGAGAAUAAAUGCCACGAGAUCACUGCCAACCACAAGCAGCUGACCAAACUGUUGGCCAAGUCGCAAGAGAGCGAGCGCGCGUUGACGGUCAAGUUGGCCGACGCCGCACAGCACGUGGCCGCCCUCGAAGCCAACGUGGCAGCGCUCAGUCGCGAGUUGCAAGCCGCGGCUCGUGCCAAGCUGGCAGAGGACGACACCCUGAAAACCAGGGCCGAGAACGAAGCGUUGCGGUGCAAGAUUGUCGCGCUCAACCAAUCGAUCGACGACAUCCAAGCCAAGGAACGAGAUACGCGCAACACGUUGGCGAUCAAGACGAUGCAAUUCACCCAGGAAAAGGACGCAUUGCUUCGCGAACUGUGCCACGUCAGGGACGAAUGGGCUGCAAGUCGAGCGACCAGCCAAGUCGAACUGGACAAGUUGACUGUGGUCUUUGCGCGGGACGAACGGAUCAAGGCGGACUUGGAAUCUCAGGUCACCGACCUCGCAGACAAGUGCAUUGCGCUGGACGAGACUGCGUCGGGAGCACGCAAACAGGUGGAGUUUCAAGCCAAAGUCAUCGAGGACAAGCAGUUGGCGCUGGACCAGACCAAGGCACUGGUGGCUCAGCACGAACGAGAUGUCCAAAGGUUGAUGCGCGAAGCGGCGGCGAUGGAAGUGGACAACGCCACGCUGCGCGAGAAGCUGACCAUGGUGUCCGACGUCUGGUCGGCCUGCACGUCCCAGAACCCCACCGUCCACGCGUUGCAGCAGGGCCGACAAGGCCAGAACGAAGCACUGGCGAUUGUGUUGGACGAAAAGGAACGGCUCAAGGCGGAGCUGGGCAAGACCAAGGAGGACGUGGCUCGCCUGCUGGCCCAGGUGGCCCGGACGGCGCCAUCGGGGGAUGUGGUGGGACUGCAAACGCAGUUGGCGAGCAUGUUGAACAAGAAGAACGAGCUGCUCUUGAUGAUGGACCAGAUGAAGGCCGAGCUGAUGACCCUCACGACGUCCCACACGAUGCUACGCAUUGCCCACGACACGCUUCUACAGCGAUGCGCUGCGCUGGAAGAAGUGGCGAUGGAUCCGUCCGUGAUCAUCAUGCUCAAGCAAGCACAGCUCGAUUUGAAAGAUGCGGUGGACAAGUUAGUCGAAGCUGAAACGUCAUCCGAGACUGCGUUCACGUGCCUGAAAUGCAUGUCGAUCUUUGUUCGACCUGUGACACUGACAGGAUGUGGCCACACGUACUGCGAGUCGUGUUUGCACAGCUCACGGGGGAAUGGAGUGGGUCACACGUGCAAGGUACAGCAUAACGCUACUUGAGGAUAUGAUGUACUGUACAGGUAACGUUAAGGAAUGACCGUGCUCUCCCUUGUAGGAAUGCGGAGAAUGGAGUUCCACGGACGGACUGUUUGCAAACAAUGCACUCGCGGAUUUGGCAUCGCGGUUCGUGUUUCGACAGCAGACGUUGUCGUGUUUAACUGGCGUGUGCCAGUCCAUCGACGAUGCGUUCGCAACGCCGCUAGUGGCUUAGGGGUAGCUAUCGACGUAGGUGUAGUCGCGUAAUGCUAAGAUGUCCACGCAACUGCAUUGAGGUAGUAUCGAAGACUUCAUUUUCCAAGACAAGGAUGAGGAACA